AUGAGCCGCAGCAGCAUUAGCAACAGCAGUCGUCGCGGCAGCACCACCACGGGCGGCAGCAGCAGCGACACGGUCGGCUAUCUGCUGGCCGGUAUCGCGACGGCACUAAAUGAUGGAUUGCGGAUCAUGCAUUUUGCGGAUAAACGUGGAUGGGGUCCCGACGAAUUUGAGCAGGUGCGCGCCCUCGAUGAGGCAUUGGACGAAGCCAAGGCCGACUUUCAGGCGAUGGGGCCGUUGGUCAACGGCCAGUUCUUUUACGAAAGUGACCGAACUCCCAAAUCACUUGAAGAGCUACGCACCUUACGAACCAAGUUUCAGGCACACUCGCAACUCUUCAAGGACUGGCUACGCACAGGAGGACCCAUCAAUCCCGAGUGGGUUCUCAAGACGGUCGAGCUGCGCCGCGAGCUGCACCGUGCUCAGUGUCGUGCCGCCUGUCGCAUUUACGCCACUGGACCUGGUCCCACCCGCUGCCUGGGCGCCUUCCAGGUCAGUCGGCACCAGCGCCAUAUGGAAAAGCAGCGAGCCGCUGGUACGGCGGCCGAGGCGGAAAGCAUGCUCAGGAUUGCGGGAGACCCCGAACUUGGCCUCAGCCUCGAGCCGCAGGUCAUCACAUCACCGGAUGGUGACGAGAGGUGGAGGCAUGAGAACGGUUUUGCCGGACUCAACGGGAUGCUAGAAGACGGUGACGGCGGAAGGAAACUGGAUGGCCUCGAGGCGCUGGUGCCAGUUUGCAACACUGUAGGCAAAUUCGAGCGCUUCGGCGAUAGGGACAUUGCUUUUGUGUGCGACUACUGCGACGGUUUCAUAGUUUGGGAGGACCUGGACAAGAUGCCGGCGACACGAGUUCCUAUUGCAAAAUCCACGACACAACAGCCAAGGCCGGUAACAAACUCCGUCUCUGCCACCGCAAUACCUGCGGCGCUGUUGGAUCGGGGCCAACAAGAAUGGCAGGCAAAAGCCCGCAGCAUGUCAUCGGGCGAGGAAGUGACCAUAGUAUUUGCGCCUAUUGCCAUCGCAAACCACCUACUUCCAGACAUUGGAGACUGGCGCGCGCCGCUUUUAUGCCCGUACUGCGACGAGUAUACAUAUGUCGGAGGGGAUGACGGGGAUGAUGACGGCGAGACGAGAUAUGCGCAAGACGAAAGAGGGUUCCCGGACUUGAAGACGUUCCAGGAGCAUCUCGAAUGGUUUCAUGGCGGUGGCGUGGUGCCCAUGCCCACGGCGCCGACCAAGAAGGACAACUGCAUAGUAAUGUAA